GGGUCGCGAGACACAAGACACGAGGGAUCCCCCUUGAGCUGGCAGGGUCGACCUACUGAUCCGGGCCGCCUGUACAGUUGGCGCAGUCAGUGCCGGUGGUGGUUAUGUUGCGCCGUGCGAACCAUCCCUCCGUCCCCUACUGAUGCCUAGAUUGAAAAGCAUGGGAAAGUCCCACCUAUCACAUGGCAGCCGAGGCCACGAAGACUCAGUGCAAGCACGGCUUCACGCAAGCACAUGCCGCUCACCAGUGCAUGUCAGACUUCUAAAAUGUAUUGUUGAGAAUCACGCUACAAAGGUAAACGGAACGGGUGGGCGGCCAGGAGAAAUACAGUCGGACCCAGGCCAAUGGGAUCCAAGAUGGAAUGAGAUGGAAGAGCAACAGACGGCAGACGGGAUGCGUGCGCACGCGCAGCAGCUGCUGCGCGGAAGCGGAAAAGACGCCCGACAAGACGCCUUCGAUAAAAAGUUCUAUGUUAUGCCCAGGCCCGCGGUGCCCGCGCUGCUCGGGCUUCCACUGACCCGGCUCGAGCUGCUCGCGGCCGGCAGGGGCGGCGGCCGCCGGGGAGGGCGAUUCGAUACAAGUCCUGAGCACUGCAGCACGCAUUGA